AAGCAGAAAAGAGGCAGGAAAUUGUUAGCAAUAAUUGUUAUUCACACCAAACAAAAUGUAUUUAGAAUCUACUGUAAAGCUAGUAUUAAAACUGUACAGUUAGACAUCGAUCAUUUUAGUGGGGAACCGAGGGAAAGGUCGGAUACUUCCUGUGUUGCUGCUGCUGCAGCUGCUGCCAGGAGCUUGAGGGAUGCGAAUGAGGGAGAGAGAAAUGGAGUUUCACUAAAGCCCGGAGUAACAGACGGGAUUUCGCUCGAAGGUUGCAGAGAUAGUGAGCUGUGCCCGGGGACCGACGGAGAAAAAGAGCAGGGGGAGACUGCUUCAGCCCCGACGCUGGUGUUUUUUUUUAUUUUCAGGGCUACGCGCUUGAAAUGAAGCUGUUGAAACCAACUUGGGUCAAUCACAAUGGAAAACCAAUAUUUUCUGUUGACAUCCAUCCAGAGGGAACAAAGUUUGCUACAGGCGGGCAAGGAGAAGACUCUGGGAAGGUUGUCAUAUGGAACAUGGCUCCUGUCCUCCGGGAAGAGGAUGAGAAGAAUGAGAACAUUCCAAAGAUGCUGUGCCAGAUGGACAAUCACUUAGCCUGUGUGAACUGUGUCCGCUGGUCAAACAAUGGUGUCUACCUGGCUUCCGGCGGCGAUGAUAAGCUGGUGAUGGUGUGGAAGCGAGCUGCAUACAUCGGCCCAAGCACUGUCUUUGGCUCGAGCAGUAAGCUAGCCAAUGUGGAGCAGUGGCGAUGUGUGACCAUCCUUAGAAACCACACGGGGGAUGUGAUGGAUGUAGCGUGGUCACCUCAUGAUGUGUGGCUGGCGUCUUGCAGUGUCGACAACACUAUCGUCAUCUGGAACGCACGCAAGUUUCCAGAGAUUGUCACCACAUUAAAGGGUCAUACAGGUUUGGUGAAGGGCCUGACCUGGGACCCUGUGGGGAAGUAUAUUGCCUCGCAGGCUGAUGACCACAGCCUGAAGGUGUGGAGGACGAUGGACUGGCAGCUGGAGACCAACAUUACCAAGCCCUUCAAUGAGUGUGGAGGCACCACUCACGUGCUGCGUCUCAGCUGGUCUCCGGAUGGACAGUAUCUGGUGUCUGCCCACGCCAUGAAUAACUCUGGUCCAACGGCCCAGAUCAUCGAGAGAGAUGGCUGGAAGACCAACAUGGACUUCGUGGGCCACAGGAAGGCCGUGACAGUGGUGAAGUUUAACCCAAAAAUCUUUAAGAAGAUGCAGAAGAACGGCAGCUCCUCCAAGCCCAGCUGCCCGUACUGCUGCUGUGCUGUGGGCAGUAAGGACCGCUCCGUGUCCGUGUGGCUGACAUCUCUGAAGCGCCCUCUCGUGGUGAUCCAUGACUUGUUCGACAAAUCCAUCAUGGAUAUCACAUGGACGCUAAAUGGACUUGGGAUUCUCGUCUGCUCCAUGGAUGGGACUGUGGCUUUUCUUGAUUUUUCUCAGGAUGAACUUGGGGAUCCCCUCAAUGAAGAAGAAAAGAAUUCAAUCCACCAGAACAUCUAUGGGAAGAGUCUGGCCAUCACCACACAAGCCCAGCUCUCCACCACUAUCAUCGAGAACCCGGAGAUGCUCAAAUACCAGCAGGCAAAGGAGGCAGCAGAGCCCCACAAUGCUGUGGGCCAGGAGGCCCAGGCACCUAAACUCAACAGCGUGGUCAAUGGAGAGUCGCUGGAGGACAUCCGCAAGAAUCUGCUGAAGAAGCAGGUGGAGACAAGGACGGCUGAUGGGCGGAGGCGAAUCACCCCCCUGUGUAUCGCCCAGCUGGACACUGGGGAUUUCUCUCCAGCGCUUUUCAAUAGCGUCCCCAUCCUGCCGGGCUCAUCCAUGUCCUCCCAGCUGACCCCCCAGGUGUCCUCUGACUCCAACACUGCCAACUCACUGGGCUUGCGGCCCCCACCAGAGACCCAGGCUGUGCCCCCCAGCAAGCCCACAGAUGACACCAAAGAAUGUGUUAACCCCUUGGGCACCAUUCCUGCACCUGCCAUGAACUCCACCUCCAUGAAAACCAACCUCCUGCUCACCUCUGCCACUAAGAUCGAGCCAAUGAAGGCGCUGGACUCACGGUUCACUGAGAGGUCAAAGGCCACGCCAGGGGUCACCAUCUCCUCUUCAUCUGUUGGCCUCAGCCCUCUGGACAGAAUGAAGGAUGGGGGUGCUGUGAAGGAGCUUAAGCCCAAGGAGGACACGAGCAGCGACAGUGAGGACAAAAUGGUAGCUGUCAAAUCACUGUCCUUCACCAAGAGGAAAGGAGAGAUAGAGAGCAUGGAGGUGGUGGAGAAGAGGAAGAAGGGCCGACCGCGGAAGGACUCCAAAGCCAUGCCUCUGAUGUCUCAGGCCAAUCAGCAGGUGGCACCCUCAGCAGAGAGGGAGCCCUCUCGCAUCACGGCCCCCACAGUGGUGCUCAAGCUGCCCACUCCUGCUCCACAGAAGACCUUCUCCAUCCAGGUGAGCGUGGAGCCAUCAGUCCACAUCGAGGUGGAGAACGAGGUGUCCUCAGCAGCAGGGGUGCGGUUCAGUCAGCUGCGGUGCGCACGGCAGGGUCGCGAGUGGGACACACUCCUGAGCAGCCGCAUCCUCGUUGUGGCCGGCAGCAGCGAUGUCAUCGCCGUGGCCUGUGAGGACCGCAUGCUGUCCGUGUUCUCAGCCUGUGGGCGGCGGCUGCUACCUGCCAUCCUGUUACCUGCGCCCUUGUCUGCCCUCCACUGCUCUGGCUCCUUUGUCAUGGCCCUGACGGCCUGUGCGUCACUCUCUGUCUGGGACGUUAAGAAACAAACAGUUGUUGUGAGAAAUGUAUCUCUGCUGACCAUCUUAUCCGGUGGCGACGCGACGGUCUCUCAGUCCCUGCUCACCCAGCAGGGUGUACCUGUCAUCUGCCUCUCCAACGGGAAGUCCUACUGCUUCAGCUCCUCCCUGGAGACGUGGAACCUUAUUGCAGACAAGCAGGACCCUCUAGUGCAGUGCGCUGACUUCAGGCACUUCCUGCCCUCCCAGGAUGCAUUGCUGUCUUCUGGGCCUCUGGCUAUCAUGCAGGGCCGGGCUUUGAAUGCGGGACGCUUGGCAUCCAGGCUGGCAUCCACACCUCACCACCUGCAGCAGAGAGUCACCCUGGCCUACUUGGAGAACCAAUUGGCGUCAGCCCUCAUCCUCAAGUCAAGCCAGGAGUACCGCCACUGGCUACUCACCUAUGCACGUUUCUUGGUCAAUGAAGGCUCUGAGCAUCGGCUCCGAGAGCUUUGCAGAGACUUACUGGGACCAGUGCACAAGUCUGCCGGAAGCAUCUGGGAAGCCACAAUUCUGGGCCUGAGGAAGCAGGACCUCCUAAAAGAAGUGCUCCCUGUCAUCGGGCAGAACCUGCGUUUCCAGCGUGUCUUCACAGAGUUCCAGGACCAACUGGAGCUUCUUCGCAAUAAAUAGCACUUACCCACCUCUGGCCCCUUCACUUCCUCCCAGCACUGCCCUGAAAGUCACUUGGACGCAAUUUCCCCCUUAAAAUCCCUGCCCUGAUGGCCCAGGCUCCAGGGACACCUGUGGGGGGGGGGGGGUCGUGGGGCUAACUGGCACCCCCACAGUUGCUCCUGUGUCACAGUCGUAGUUUGUCUGAGGCCUGGCGUCUGGUGGUGGUAAUAAUAGUUAGUAAAUAUGUAUAAGUACAGAUGACAUUGGUAAAAUUGAUAUUAAUUAUGAUGGUCGAUCAUGAAAUGAAAGUGAUAGGGUCGCUGGCGUCAGGCGCCUUCACAAUGAGCUGGAAGCUAACAAAGACUGAUCACUGUGUGGCAGACGAAGCACAAGUUUCAUGGCUGCAAGGAGUCCUGGCAGGAAUGUCCGUGCCGCAAGGUUUUUUUUCUGUGUUUUUGUCGGACCUUGGGGGUGGGACUCCUGAGAGAGCAGGUAUCCCCACCUCAGCCCGGCUGCCAGGGACAUUGACACGGUCGCCUUACAUAAAAAAAAAAAAAAACAGAACAUCUCCAAUGCAGAAGAUACGAGAAAAGCCAGCACAUGAGUCUGGGCCGCUGCGGACGCUGUGGACUUUCGGAGCGGCCUGUACGUUUACGGAUGUCCUGUCAAUUUGUACAGCCUCUUUCUGUUAGUCAUUUUUAAAUGUUUGUACUAGGCUUUUUCUUCUCAAUUUUCUAUAAAAAUACAGUGAGGAGAAUCAAAUAAAUGAUUGAGCAAUGCCUCAGUA